CUGUCGGGCCCACUCGGCCCCACUCGGGCCCACUCGGGCCCACUCGGGCCCCGUCGCAAGCUGGGGUCUGUGCUCCAACGCGCCUUCUACGGGUCCAGCGGGAAGCCUCUCCGCUUUCAGGUGACCCUUUUCGAACAGAGAAACUUUGCCGGCCGGCGGCUGGACCUGAGCUCCGACUGUCCCCGGAUCAGCGACAAGAACUUCCCAGAGAGAUGCAACUCGGUGCAGGUGGAGGGCGGAGCAUGGGUCGGCUUCGAGCAUGAGAACUACAGGGGCCGCCAGUACCUGUGGGACAUGGCCGACCGGGGGGAGUACAACUGCUACGACAAGUGGUGCGCGCAGGCCGACCACGUGUCCUCCGUCCGCCCUGUCAAACAGAACGACAACUACGAGUUAACGGCCGCCUAA